CAAAGACCACCAAGAUGCAGAACGAUCACGGCGAGGUUGUCGACAUCUACCUGCCCCGCAAGUGCUCGGCCACCAACAACAUCAUUGGUGCCACCGACCACGCCGCUGUGCAGAUCAACGUGGCCAAGGUUGACCCCACCACUGGUGUCAUGACCGCUGAGACCUACUCGUACGCCAUCUGCGGCCCCGUCCGCAGCAUGGGCGAGACCGAUGACAGCCUCAACCGCCUGACCGACCGCGACGGUAUCACCAAGAACACGCCUCGCAAGCUUCGACCAGACGAACGCCUGUUCCUGUCGCCCUCCGAGGCCACCGUGGUCAUCGCCAUGACUGCCUUUCCCCGCUCGCACGCCGGCCUGCUGGGGCUCGUGUGUUGGGUGGCUGUGCUUCUGAUCCGAGUUCAGGCUGAGGAAGCCCGCGCCCUUUGCGGCCAGGACGGUAUGUGGGCCGCCACUGCUGCUGGGCGGGACGCCACCCUGGAUUGCCCCAGUAGCAGCGAUGGCAAUAUCCUGCGACACUGUUGUGACGGCCAACAAGAUGCGCUUGAAGACUGGUCUGGUCGUCGGUGUCAUCCUGGUAUCAUUGACUGGCUGGCCCCGGAUCGUCACGCAUGCCGCUUCGCGCAGAUUCAAGCUCUGGCUACCGCAGCCCCAACGCGCACUGCCACAGCAGCCGAUCUACCUCAGUUUUUGCAGGACUUGCAAAUUCCGACUUUUGCCCUUCGCGCCCGUGCUGGUCGCGCCGAUCUUCGCGACGUUGUCGGCAUCAUAGAAACCCUCUUGGCCGUGGACGCCCCGGCCCACGACCAAGGCACGCUUCUGGUCACCGUGCACAAGCUAAUGGCCGUCCUGACAACCAAUCGAGAUUUGGUUCAAGCUGACGUAGGUCUCCGUGCGAUGACCCAGCGGAGCCGAUCUUGGUUGGCGGUUUGGCUCGGCAAGACCGCGCACCACGAUGCGCGUGGCGUUGAGCUUCCCCUCCACGAUACAGGCAUCAGUCUGCUGAAUCUGACCCCGAUCAACCCAGCCUCGUCCGACGGCGUCCGCCCCACCGUUGUGCAGGGUCUGACCGUGGAGUACGCCAGCACAACGCCUGACGACAACUCGAGCGUCGUGAUGGGCGUUUGGGAUCCAACCACGUUUGCAAGCGAGCCCGAGGCUUACCUGAGCCCUCUUGUGACUUUCUCUGCUCCCGGUGGUGCUGUGGAGCUCUUUUUGCCCUUUUCUGUGGCCGACGCUGCCGUACGGGCCUGGCGACAGGCGGGCCUGAGUGAUGGUGCCACUAAUUUAACCGUUGAAUCGACCCCGCCCAGCGUUGCCCGUUUGCUGGUACAUGACACCGCUGGCACCCCGACACUGCACCUUGAUGUCACAUGCCAGCAGUUGGAGGGUCCAGUCACGGGGAAAUGCCAACUGCUGCGGCUCAACGCGACAGGUGCCGUUUGUGCCUGCCAUGACACAGCCGCCGUGGCGCUUCUGGGCAGCCGUGUACACGCCUUUGGAAACCCGCUUGCAUCGACGAGCGCCCCGCUCCAGCCCACGGCGCUCCCUGCCAACCGCAGUGUUUCGGCCGCCGGGCCCACCUGCGAGGACGUACCCGAACUCCAAGGGGCUGCCGUCUCGACAAUCGCCAGCGCACUGGCGGUGGCAGGUGUACUACUGCUCGUGGCUCUACUUCUGGUGGGGUACAUUGGCUGGCGGGAUAGCCUGGGCUUACUUCAGUACAAUCACAUCAACAUGCUCGUAGCCCUGAUGCUGAUUCUUGUGGGGCUCGCCCUUGGCCUGUUUCAGCCUGAGAACCACGACUCGGCAUGUCAAGCGGCCACGGGCCUCGUUGCUGUGGGUGGGGCUAGUGCCCUGGCUUGGGUCCUGGCUCUACCUUUCGCCGCGAGCUUGGUGGCCAACGCCUUUGCUGAGGUGCCCGAGGCCAUGCUGCGCUUCCGUCUCUUCCUGACAUGUUGGCUCCUUCCUGUGGCGGUGAUUGUGACCACGGCACUUGUCGCUCCAACAGUGUGGUGGACGCCGUCCUGUGGUGCAGCCCUGUGUUGGCCUGGAGGCGCCUCAACAUAUCUGGUGCGGGCGUGCGCUAUCGUGAUAGCCGUUUUGACACUGGUUGAGGUGGCCUACCUCCUCGUGCGCCGCCACCUAAGCUGCCGCUUGGGCCUGCUCUAUGGCCUUUUGGCGCUAUCUACAUGUGCACAGCUGGGCCUGAGCGAGCACGUUGUGCACCAUGAUGAUUUCAGUUGGGUCCUUACGCUUCUAGCAGCGUCUCUCGCCGUGACACCGGCUUGUCUAGUAGUUUUGAUUUGCACGGCCGACGCCACCGAUGCCCAAACAUUGGCCGAAGGGCCACUGCGCUGCUGUGCUGCGCCUGCGCCCCUGACCCCCUACAAGUUGCGAUUGGAGGAUCCUCGGGAAUGGGCGAGCUCACCAAAGCGCCGCUCAUCCGUGUCCACAUUUGCCCUGCUGUCCCGCCUGCAGCAGCCUUCCCCCAGCACUCGAUUUCGCGUCAAGUAUUCCUUGUGUGUGGGUGUACAUAAUAUGAGAGAAGGGGCGCAUCGAUGUGGUGUUAAUGAGCCUCUGGAUUUGAAUCCUAGCGCACAAACCUGGCGCGAGAAGAAAGUGGGACAUUUGGGCGCCUUGGGCGCGCUGAUUACGUAG